AUGACGAAGAAUAACUUAGCGACUCAUCUUAAAUGGUUGAUAACCCAAGGGAAACCUCUCCACCUUCCUCUGGCUCAAUCCAGCUUGCCUGAACGCAACAAUCACGCAUCGCAGCAAGCAAUCUCCCCCACUGACGAAUUCGCGACCCUCGAUGACAUCCUUGAAGACGUGGAGGAUGAGACGUAUUUAUCAAUGGCUAGAUUGCUACCUCAAUCGGCGAGCAAACCUCGAAUGCUGAGCCGACACGACGCGGUCCUCACCAGCACUCCGUCAACCACAAAGAAACGGGCUUCGCCGAAGCAAUCAAGCAAAGCGCGAGAGUCCUUUCGAGAACCACCAUUAUCAUCAUACAAACCUGCCCCGCUAAAGUCAACUCCAUUGCGACCAGACAGUUUCCACGCGCCUGGACACGAUGAUAUUGAAUCGAUUGAUCUGACAGGGGAGCUUGAUCGAUCUAUCCUAUCAUCCUCGGAUACUAUCCCGGCUGGUGAGCCCCGCGUAUCAUGGGCAGAAGAAAGCACACCAUGCGGAACUCGUGAAAAACGCGGUAAAAAGCGCAAAAGUGACGAGUACACAUCUGAUCUUCUUUCCCCAUCGAAACAUGCGACGAAAGUGCGAACUCCCGCCGCUAGAGACAUUAUAUCGGAACAGCCCACAAUUUCACGCCAGACAACCCAGACAACCCAAACAACUAAAACAAACCCCACAAGCGCGGCAAAACGACCCGAAUAUCAUUCACCUGUUGCUCCACGGAGCCACCGGAAACGAGUUAUUGCGGAUUCAGAUGAUGACGAGGAUCUCUUUGACGACUGGGCCAAUAAUGAAGAUCCCGCCGAUAAGAUGAUCCUGGAUGCCGAGGAGAGUCUGUACCCAAUACUCCCCGAGAUGACUACGCCGGCGAACGAGAAAAAGAUCGCGAUCAAGCAUUCACAAUUGGAAUCUACACCCAAAGCAGCGUUUCCAACUGCGCAACCAUCGACUCAGCCGAAGAAAAGGGCAGAUGCCAAAGACCCUAUCCCGUUAACACCUUGGUCGAAGCCGUCCAACUCACAGGAAAAGGAUCCGGAUCUUUUGAAGUUCUUGGCCCUUGGAAACAAUGCUUUUGGUCAUGCAAUCUCCAAAUUGAGGUCGACUCUGCAGAAGAACUCUGAGAUAGUUUAUCAGCAGGCCAUGGAGGGUCAGCCAGUCCCAGAAUUGAUCGCCGAGAACAAGACUCUUGUUUCUCAGAUCGAGGUAAUUGAAUUGCUGCAAAAGCAUCAAAACACGCACAAGGGCAGUGUUUCUCGUAAGCAAAACCUAAAGCAAAACCUCAUAUGUGUGAUCUCGCAAGGUUUAGACCCGACAACUAUGCCAGAAGAGCUUGCGCAGAGUCGAGCAGUCGAGGCAGAGUUGGAGCGAACCGAAAAAGAAAUCUGCCAGCUUCUAUCCCAAGCCAACAUCCUCGAGUUGGCACACGAUUGUCCAUCCGACCCUCCUCCCAUGAAACAUACUCAGCCUACCUUUGAAGCUCACGCAGUCCCACGGGAGCCUCUUUUCUCUUCUUCGCGGGCCGAUUUGAACACUGAAUUCCGUGGCCAACAGCGUUUUCCUCCAACAAGUCCUAGAAAGACCAAAGAGACACAUCGGCCGGAUAGCUAUGAAAACUCCAUUUCUCGGAAUAUGGGCUCCCCGCCAUUGGAUUCUAUGGACCUUGAUGAGUUCGACUGGAAUGUCAGCGACGAUGAGAUAUUAGAGGCGGCAGGGGAUUUCGAUGGUGCUCAUCAGAUACCCGUUCGUGAGCAAGCCAGUCAACCCCGCAAAGUUUUCGCAGAGACGUCUGGCAACGCCCCCAAGGCCCCCGCUCCGAAGAAGUCGCCCGGUCAUAGCGCCUUCUGGUCAAACCAUCCAUGGUCUCAAGAAGUAAGGAAAGUGUUGAAAGACCGAUUCCACCUCCGCGGAUUCCGACCUAAUCAGCUUGAAGCCAUUGAUGCAACACUUUCCGGCAAAGAUACUUUCAUUCUCAUGCCUACUGGAGGAGGAAAGUCCCUAUGCUAUCAAUUACCUUCUAUAGUUACGGGUGGACGCACAACGGGGGUGACGAUCGUGAUAUCUCCAUUGCUGAGUCUGAUGGAGGAUCAGGUAUCACAGCUCCGGAAAUUGAACGUUAAGGCAUUUAUGGUUAACGGCGACACCGAUCAAGUGGAAAAAUCCUGGAUCAUGAACCAGCUCUCAAAUGCAGGUGGCGAGGGGAUGGAGGUCCUGUACAUCACUCCUGAGAUGCUCAGUAAAAGCCAAGCCUUGAUCAGAGCCCUUGAUAAGCUUCAUCGAGGAAACAGACUAGCACGCCUGGUCAUCGACGAGGCCCACUGCGUCAGUCAAUGGGGACACGAUUUCCGACCUGAUUAUAAAGAGCUAGGAGAGGUUCGAGCCAGGUUCCCUGGUGUACCGGUUAUGGCUCUCACAGCCACCGCCACUGAGAAUGUCAAAGUUGACGUGAUGCACAAUCUCAAAAUCACCGACUGUGAAGUGUUUUUGCAGAGUUUCAACCGUCCUAAUCUCACCUACGAGGUACGGUCGAAGGGAAAGAAUGAUGAAGUUUUGGCCAGCAUGGCAGAAACCAUUACAAACUCAUACCGGAAUCAGUGCGGAAUUAUCUACUGCCUCUCGCGAAAGAUGUGCGACAAAGUUGCAGAGGAUCUACAGGGAAAGUACCGCCUCAAGGCAUGUUCUUAUCAUGCGGGUAUGACCUCAAACGCAAAAUCGAAAGCUCAGAGUAACUGGCAGCUGGGCCGAGUACAUAUCAUCGUUGCCACCAUUGCAUUCGGAAUGGGAAUUGACAAGGCCGAUGUGCGAUUCGUCAUGCACCACAGUAUCCCGAAGAGUCUCGAGGGGUAUUAUCAAGAAACCGGUCGUGCUGGUCGAGACGGCAAGCGUUCUGGCUGCUAUCUUUACUACGGCUACAGGGACACAGCAACUUUGAAGCGGAUGAUUGAUGCCGGGGAUGGCAGUGGUCAGCAAAAAGGCCGUCAAAAACAGAUGUUGCGGAAUGUGGUUCAAUUUUGUGAGAACCGUAGCGAUUGCAGGCGAGUGCAAGUCCUCGCUUAUUUUGCGGAAUACUUCCGCCAGGAGGACUGCAACAACACUUGUGAUAACUGCAAGUCCGGUUUGGUGUUUGAGCUGCAUGACUUUACUGAGCAGGCAUCCUGGGCCAUCAAGAUUGUGCGACAAUUUCAGAAUAUGGAGGAGAAGGUGACUGUGCUCUACUGCUGUGACAUACUUCGCGGUGACUGUAAACGGCCCAAAUCUCCAGGGCAUCGCAAGAUGCCGGGGUAUGGAAAGGGAUCUGAUCUCGACCGUGCAGCAGCCGAACGUCUGUUCUACCGGCUGCUGGGUGAAGACGCAUUGGCCGAAGACAACGUGAUCAAUAAAAGCGACUUUGCUGUUCAGUAUCUCAUCCUCGGCCGCCGUGCAGCAGAGUAUGAGAGUGGCCAGCGGCAAAUGAAACUACAGGUUCGCGCAUCCCCGAAUAGUAAGGCUAAAGCCAAGAGCAAGCCCUCGGGCGCCGCGCAGAAGAAAAAGUCUGGCAAUUCAGGUAGCGAUCCUCAGUCCACCAUGGUCUCUUCUCCAGUGCAAGCUGCUCAAGACCGCCGCCUUGACCGUUAUCAAUACACUGAUGCUCCAGCCGCACAUCUCUCGGCCGGUGAGGAUAGUGAUGGCUUCGAACCGAUUCGAACCACCGGCAAGUCUCGCCGCGCGAAUACACGUGAGAUGGGUCCUCCAAUCACCAGCGAUCAGAAGUUGGAUCGACUUGAUCAUAUGCAUCGUGUAGUCGUGGAGGACUUCCAAGAGCAUGCCAAAAUCAUGCUUCAAGACCUUGUUGUUAAGAAGGGACUUCGGUGCCAACCGUUUUCUGAUCAGGUGCUACGUGAUAUCGGAAUAUCCUUCCCCAAAAAUCUUGCUGAGCUUUCUGUGAUCCCGGGCAUCGAUAAAGAUAAGGUGCAACGCUAUGGCCGGCAGAUCCUGGGGCUGGUAGAUAAUGCAAAGCGGCGCUACCUGGAAAUGACACAGGAAGCAGAGACCAGCGGCAUUGUCCCGGAUCCCAAUCACCACAACGUCAUCAAUCUCAGCAGCAGCGACGAGUAUAGUGACGACGACUUGUUCAUGGAUGAGGUUUCCACCUUCAAUCUAGAUAAUCCCGUCUCGACUGCACCCAGCAAUGCAGCCGAAAAUAUCACAAGCCGCUACUUCCCUCCUCCAGCAUCUCCAGGGUAUGACUCUGGUGACGACUGGGAAUCCGGCACUGCGCCUUCUGCCUCCAAGAGUCGCAAACGCCAGCCUGCCAGUGGCAAACGACCAACACGACGGAAACAAGGCUCCACUGGCAGCUGGAAAGGCAAAGGUGCGCGAUCAAAAGCAAAAUCCGGCGAACGUUCUACAAGCCAGUCAUCUGCGCCACGAAAGAACGCCAGGGCCAAACCCCCCAAGUCCACGAUUGGAAUGAUGCCUAUUUGA